CCAUUACAGCGUGAAUGCUAUGUGACUUUAUUUGGUUUGCUAAUUCUCAGCUAAAAAACUCGUUCGAUAUUUUCAGGUGUUAGAAGUUUCACGCCAAUAAUAUGGGUCAAUACACCCUUUGAGUAAUACGUGGGUGAAUAUGUGCACUAUCAAAUUUAGAGUUGAAAAAAACCAAACCAAUUUUAAAGUAAAUUUAUAUGAGUUGCGUUGUACCCCGGUUGAAUGGAGCAAGUACGCCCCCUGCCGUCUAUUGUAAGGAAGCGACACAACCAAUGUUUGAGCGGCCUGUCCCCCGAGGACGGCUGUUGCGCAUGCGCACACAAUGUCACAAGAUGGCGGAGAGUACGGAACUGAAGAUUACGAGCACAUCCCUCCUCGGAUCUUAAACAGAGAUUCCAUUAACGCCAACGCCUUGAAUACAGCCCCACACCAGGCAGCUCCCACUGACAUUACAUGAAGUAAAGCAAUCAGACCGCUUUAUCUUAUAAAAAUGGGCUCUGUCUAUUCCCUGGAACUUGGCAGUACCACUCGUAAUAGCAAAUGGUAAUGAGCCUUCGAGUUUCAGAGCUGCAAGUCUUGUUGGGUUUUGCUGGACGGAAUAAGCACGGGCGUAAGCACGAACUUUUGACCAAAGCGCUGCACCUCGUAAAGGCUGGUUGCAGCCCCGCCAUGCAGAUGAAGAUUAAAGAGCUAUACAGACGGAGAUUCCCAACCAAGAUGGUUUCGCCGGUGGACCUUGCAAUGCCCGGCGUCCAUUCUGCCUCCAGCCUUCCCGUGGGCCUCUUCGACAGCCAUGGUUCCCCCUCGCCGCUGUUGCCUGUUUCACUGCUCGGGCCCAAGCACGAGCUCAGUCUGCCUCACCUGCCCUCCACCCUGCACCCUGUCCACCCCGACGUCAAACUGCAGAGAUUGCCAUUUUAUGACGUGCUUGACGAGCUCAUAAAGCCCACCAGUCUGACCUCCGACAACGGUCAGCGGUUCCAAGAAGCUUGUUAUGCCUUCGCUUUAACACCACUACAAGUUCAACAGAUCAGCAGCUCCAUGGACAUAUCAGGGACCAAAUGUGACUUCGCUGUUCAAGUCCAGUUAAGGUUUUGUCUAUCAGAGACAAGCUGUCCCCAAGAAGAUCAUUUCCCUCCAAAUCUGUGUGUGAAGGUGAACGGAAAGCCCUGCAAUCUCCCUGGAUAUCUUCCUCCCACCAAAAAUGGAGUCGAACCAAAACGACCGAGUCGCCCCAUAAACAUAACCUCCCUUGUACGACUGUCCACUACAGUCCCCAACACAAUUGUUGUGUCGUGGACUUCAGAAAUUGGGAGGAGUUUUUCCAUGGCUGUUUAUUUGGUAAUGCAGCAGUCAUCUGCAGUGUUGUUGCAAAGACUACGAGCCAGAGGAAUUAGGAACCCUGACCACUCGAGAGCUCUGAUCAAAGAGAAAUUGACAGCAGAUCCAGAGAGCGAGAUUGCCACCACCAGUCUCCGAGUGUCUCUUCUGUGUCCUCUUGGAAAGAUGAGGCUGACAAUCGCGUGUCGAGCGUUAACAUGUUCCCACCUCCAGUGCUUUGAUGCUACGCUUUAUAUCCAAAUGAAUGAGAAGAAGCCCACCUGGGUGUGCCCAGUAUGUGACAAGAAGGCGCCAUAUGAGCAUCUGAUUAUUGAUGGGUUGUUUAUGGAAAUCCUGAACAGCUGUUCUGACUGUGAUGAAAUCCAGUUUAAAGAGGAUGGAAGUUGGGCCCCCAUGAGAUCAAAAAAAGAAGUGCAGGAGGUGCCUGCCUCUUACUACGGAGUAGACAGCGAUGUGCCUAAAAUGGAAAACCACGAGCAGAAACGGGGAUCGGCGGGUGAGAACAGUAAGAAAGUGGACGUGAUUGACCUGACACUGGACAGCUCGUCGGAAGAUGAGCCAGAUGAUGAGCCGCCUCCUAAAAGGGGCUGUCCAUCACUGUCGCCUAUCUCCCCACCUCCAACCAAGGGAGUACUUAAUCUUCACAACCAGACGUCACCGGUGACAAGAGCUCCCAGCAUGCCCCCUUUAGAGACCAGCUACAUUCCUCCACCGCCACCACUUAUUCAGGACUACCGCCAUUUUUAUCACUCAGCUAGUGAGCUGCCAGAUCUAAAUUUCUUCUCCUUCCUCCAAGGCGACAAUCAGCAUUACAACAUGGUGAUGGCUGCCGCGGCAGCCGCGUCAGCCUCGGAUGACCCGGACCUCCUCCUCAACCGCUACCUGCCGUACGGCUCGUCCCCCAUGUUGCGGGAACCUCCGGGGACCCCGGGCAGCAGCACGCUGGUAGCCACCAACGGAGGCAGCAACAGCGGCAGCACUAGCAGUUUAGUGUCUUCCAGCAGUCUGCGGGACAAAGACCGAGAGCGAGACAGAGACAGCCACACGCUCUCAGGAUUGUCAAGGUCCUCUGUGGAGGCGGCAGCGGCGGCGGCCAUUUAUGGCUCGAUAUCUGACGUCAUCUCUCUGGAUUAGAUUCCCGCAAAACUGAUGCACACGGGAGACAUUGAGACAAGAGCUUUGUAAAUACAGACGAGAGAGAUGAAAGAAUACAGUACUAUGUACAGAGAGGAAAAUCUAUUUUCAAUUUAAUUAUCACGUGUAUAUGAACUUAGGACACUUCCUGUCCGGUGAGUUGCUUCAGUUCAAUAUUUUCUGUGAAUACUGAAGACUUUUUCACACCUCUU